CUCAAGAUGGGUGAUGCUGGUUACUUUGAUUUGAGCAGCGCUUUGCCACUCAACACUGAUGCGACCGCUGCCCUUGACACCUGGCUGGUCACCGGUGACAAUGGCGAUGUUGUGACUGAUGCCUUGGAACAGGAUUUCGAUGGUGAGUAUAUUGCCUUGUAGUCCGUAAGGAUGAACUGACGUUCUAAACGAUUGAACUAUCCUUCUUAUCUAAAUAGGCUUGAUUAACUUGGAUGCAUGAACCGGUUGAUACCUCCAACAAUUUGAACAAUUUGCCUGAACAGAAGGUUGAUUGCCCACCAAUUUAUUUUAUCUGUGCCAUGUUCCUCUAUUAUUACCCACCCCCCUUCCCUCCUCCCCUCAGAAAAAAAAAAAGAAACGCUGUAUAUAUUUUUCAUAUGUUUUUUUAUUGUUCCCGUACAUUUUAUGUUUUCCAUUCUCAGUUACUUCCUUGAAGGCGGUGCCUAACCCAACCCAUUUUUUU